AUGGACAAUUAUUCCAUUCGCUCGGAUAAUACCUACAACAACCUAGAGUUUGGAAGGAAGGAAGCAAGAAAACACCGUAUCUCAUAUCCAAACCAUCCAAUCAAUCAAUUAAUCGAACCCCAUACAACUCCAAACCCAGACAUUCCCACUGACGAUAAUGAUCACAGGAUCGGCGACCCCAUUUUCGCCGUCACCAUCGGCGCCGUCUCGGCCGUGGUGCGCAUCCGCCGCGAACAGCGCGAACAAGCCGUCCAGGCGGGCCGCGACGAGAAGAGUAUUGGAUUCGGGAGCAUCCUGGAGACGGGGGGUCGGAGGUAUAAUGUAAUGUCAUUUAAUGGAUGGUUGAUUGAGUGCAUGGGUGAUUGA